AUGAUGAAUUUAGUCGAGGUUGAGACCAGGUUGAUACGGCGCAAAGGCAACAGCGCAAGCGUUGGUGGGGCUCUCGUUGGUGGGGCACGAAGCAUAAAGGCCCGGGCUCGUGGUGCGACACCGGAAGGCACGGGAGAAGAAAGUGAGGCGCUGGCGGCGGCGGCGGCGGCGGCGACGACGACCCACAGCCAGUCGCAGGCGGGCCGCGCGGCGAAAGGGUCUGUGCUGCAGGAUGACGCGGGCGACUCGCACGCGCAGGGGGCGGAGGCCGAGAGCUGCAGCGCCGACGCGGAAGACGCGGCGGCGCCCGAGGGCGGGUGGAGCUGGCUGAUCGUCGUCUCCAUUGCCUUGAGUAAGAUGGCGUUCUGGGGCGCGCUGCCGUGCUUCGGGCUGGUGUUCGCCGACGUGCUGCAGACGGCGCCCGGCAGCGAGGGCGCGGCUGUCGCCUCCGUCAUGAGCGCCUUCACCAUCUGCCUCGACUCGGCCGGUCUCUUCUGCCCGGCUUUCUACCGGAAAUUCACGUACCGGCAGGUGGCAGUCGCCGGCGGCCUGAUCUACUUCGCGGGCUCCCUGUCGGCCUCCUUCGCCAGCUCGGUGUCGCAGCUAAUUAUAACUUACGGCUUCGUGCAAGGCGCGGGCUUCGGGCUGAUGCUGAGCGCCAGCCUGGCGUCGUUCAACGAGCACUUU